AUGAUUAUACGGUCUCCCACAACGAACGCCCUUGGAUCCAAUAGUCUCAGCACCGUGUGUCUGUCAUGUCUACUGUCGACAGCAAGGCCGGCGCGCCGGACGGUGACGAGGAACUUCUCGCAGAAAUCUAACGUUAAAGCUGCGCUGGCAGCAGCCGGAUCGACUCCUUCGACUCCGAAUCCACGAUUGAGGGCUGGGUAUUUCUCUGCGAACGCGAUAUUGAAUCGAGUGCGGUCGGUUUCGAAUAGGGGAGCCGGGACGACUGCAAUACCGGACUCGAGUUCUAUCGUUGGGGAGCACGAAGUUGCGAAGUUCUCAUCUACAUCUAUCCGCGCCACUCCGACAUCAAAACAAGAUCUCCCUCACCGACGACGACAGGCUGCGCGACGGGCAGCAAAAGAAGCAGAUCUCGUUCUGCCGGAGAACUCGUCCUCCAAUCUCUCUACAUCCGCCGCCAACGCCCCCUCGAACUCCAUACGACGGCUGAUCCCCGUCCUCCUCUCCCUCUCGAAACCCCGCCUCUCGGUGCUGGUUGUCCUCACAGCUUGCGCAUCCUACUCUCUAUACCCAGUCCCCGAGCUAUUACUCCCAUCAGCGACCGAUACGCCAUCUCUCUCUCCUCUGACCUUGCUCUUCCUCACGACUGGUACAACGCUGUGCGCCGCAUCUGCAAAUGCCUUCAAUAUGCUGUACGAGCCCAAAUGGGACGCCAUGAUGUCCCGCACGAGGAACCGCCCCUUGGUACGAGGUCUGAUAUCUACACGAGGAGCAGCCUUGUUCGCCAUCCUAGCAGGAAUUGGCGGAACAACCGCCCUCUACUUCGGGGUCAACCCGACAGUUUCCUUCCUCGGAGCACUGAACAUUGCCCUCUACGCUGGAGCCUACACGCCCCUGAAACGAGUCAGCGUGAUAAACACCUGGGUCGGUGCAGUCGUCGGCGGGAUCCCACCACUCAUGGGCUGGGCCGCAGCCGCAGGACAAUCCGCGACGCACGGGGACUGGAGAGAGCUUCUGCUGGGCGAGCACAACAUCGGCGGCUGGUUACUCGCAGGGCUACUGGUGGCGUGGCAAUUCCCGCAUUUCAUGUCGCUCUCGUGGUCCAUCCGGGAGGAAUACAAGAACGCCGGCUACCGGAUGCUCUGCUGGGUGAGCCCUGCCCGCAACGGCCGCGUCGCGCUCCGCUACUCUCUCCUCUUCUUCCCAAUCUGCGUCGGGCUGUGCUACUUUAACGUCACGGAGUGGAGCUUUGCCGUUGCCAGCGCGCCCGUCAACAUCUACCUCCUGCGAGAGGCAGUCAGGUUCUGGAAGCUGGAGGGACACAAGGGGAGUGCCAGGGGCUUGUUCUGGGCGAGUGUGUGGCAUCUGCCUGCGGUGAUGAUCUUGGCCAUGGUCGAGAAGAAGGGGAUGUGGCAGCGCGUGUGGAGGGCUAUUGUCGGCGAGCCGGACCUGGAAGACGAGGAGGAUGGGGAAUACUUGGAUGAAGAAGAGGAGGAGGAAGAGGAAGACAGAAAGGCUGCGGUGCGUACUAGGGAAGGGAAAGGGAAUGCUAUUCUCGAAGCGCGUAAUCCCGCUAUCCCUCUCUCUGUAAGAUGA